CUCGAUAGCGAUCGAUAGGCUGUAGUUUGCUUGAUAGAACGUUUUCCCUUCCGAGCUUGUGAAAUCAAGAUGAGAAUGUUCCGCUGGUUAUCUGCUGCUGUUUUGGUGCUGGGAAUCGUGGGGUGCCAGAUCGCCGACGCCAUGAACGAGGUUGAAAUGGAGUUGCUUGAACGUGUGCUAGAGAGAGCUGAAGAAAAGGAGGUGGCAGGCGGCCAACCUCUCUCCAUCGUGGACAAGGUGACAUGGCAGAGUUCUACUCAAGGUAGUUAUCUGUACCCAUCGUCAAAGGCCGUAGAUGGCAGCUCCUCAGCCAUCUUGUAUCCCGAUGCCAAAUGUUCUCACACUGCUGGUAAUUCGAAAAAUCCGUGGUGGAUGGUCGAUCUGGGGGAGGAACACUGCAUCAGCAAAGUCCGAAUUCUGAACCGUGGAGACUGCUGCAGCGAACGUUUGGCAGGAGCUAAUGUCCGCGCUGGUAACAGCCCCACUGCUACCGACAACCCGACCUGUGGCUCACAUGUCACCGCUGCCCAAGCCAAUCCGCACGGUGGAACCAUCGUGUUUGAUUGCUCUUCGCCGUUGAGGGCACGCUACAUCAGCGUUGAUAUCCCCCGUACGGGCACCUUGCAACUUUGUGAGGUCACUGCGGAGGAAGUCCCCCUGGACCAAUGCGCAACGAAGAGGUUCGGUAUCGUAGGUAAACCAGCCACACAAAGCUCUUCCCACGGCUCAGGACUAUAUCCAGCGGGCAAAGCUGUUGACGGUAGCUCAUCGACCAUCUUGUACCCCGACAGUCAUUGCUCACACACAAAUAACGAGCGGAAUCCCUGGUGGAGAGUCGAUCUCGGUAGUCAGCAAUGCGUUACUAAGGUUACCAUCCUGAACCGCGGAGACUGUUGUAGUGAACGUCUGAAAAACGCAAUUGUUCGUGCUGGAUCAAGGGAGACCGUUAUUGGGAACCAGGCAUGCGGGGCACCAAUCACUGCCGAUCAAGCCCAACCACUGGGCGGUACAAUCGUGGUUGAGUGCGGUCGACCGUUGAGGGCGCGCUACGUGAGCGUCGAUAUUCCGGGCACUGCGACUCUUCAACUCUGUGAGGUCUACGUUGAAGUGCUGUCUUCCGGACAGUGCUAAGAAUAUUAUCACCUUCUUGACCCGAAUUCGAAAAGACCAGUUUACAAAUCAUAACGCGAUUACGAAUUAAAUGACGCCCGACUUCGAAUUAAGCCUGAUUUUUUGUUUUGUUUUAUCUGGUGGAUGGGUUUGUCCUUGCCAAAUGUUAAAAAAGUAGGCAUUACAAGGCACUUAAUUUGUUGUUUGCCUGAAUAAGAGCCAAGCACUUUACUUUCGCAGCUUAUGGUACGAUGUGUCUGCAACUUUUCACAAGAAAAUUAACAUGGGACUACUCCUAACACGUUUACCAAUGACUAGUAAUUGGUUGGACGACUGUCUUUCCAUGGACAUAGAUAAUUAACUUUUCACAUGUGAAGAUAACUCAAAAAAUUACCAGUCACGUUUUUUUCUACCCUUUUGGGUGACUCAAUUCUCACAAAAUAAGAUUUUGUUUGGUUUCUGGUUGUUUCGCUGUAACGUUACAAGUUCCAUAUUGCAUCGCUAAAAGUUGGUGGUGGUUAAUGAAUCACAGAAGUUUUCUUUUACAGCUUUUUUUGCAACUUUUAUUUGCAAGUUUUCAAGCAACUCCAUUGUAUGGCUGUAUUACAGCUCUUUUGUUUCUGUUUCAUUUUUUGGUGCAUACUUUUUUGAAGAAUAAAAUGUU